AUGGCCAUAUCAUCAAGGAAUGUCCUACUCGACCCCCCCAAGAAAUCAGAGACCGCAUAUACUGUCUCCGUUGGCUCUUCUAGUGCUGGUAGUUCUGUGAAUACAGUACCCCUGACACAAAGUGCUCCUGCUCCUGUUCAACCUGUGACCCCUGACAUGAUUCAACAAAUGAUCAUUUCUGCAUUUUCAGCUUUAGGACUCUCAGGUAAACCCUUCUCUACAUCAUCUCCUUGGUACUUUGAUUUUGAGGCUUCCCAUCAUAUGACAAACAAUGCUAAGUCUCUUACCAAUAUAAACAAAUAUUUUGGAAAUCUCAAAAUUCAUACCGCUGAUGGCAAUCAUUUACCUAUCACAGCCACUGGUGAUAUUUCUCCCUUUCUCACUGAUGGCUUUGUAUCUCCUGGUCUUACCACCAAUCUUGUGUCUGUCGGUCAGUUGGUUGAUAAUGAUUGCAAAGUGGAAUUCUCUAAAUCUGGUUGUGUUGUGCAGGAUCAACAGUCAAGGAGGAUGAUCGCGAGAGGGCUUAAAGUGGGACGUCUUUUUCCUCUUCAAAUUCCUUUGUCUUCUUUUUUACCAUUUGUCUCUUGUAAUUCUGCUCAUGUUGAUUACCGAGCGUGGCAUAAACGUCUCGGACAUCCAAACUCUAAUAAUCACCAUCUCUUAGUGCUAUUCAAUUUGAUUGCAAUUCUUGCAGACUUGGCAAAAGACUUCCUACAGACUCAUGACAUCAUCUCUCAACGGUCUUGCCCUUCAACACCUCAACAAAAUGGGAUGGCUGAAAGGAAGAACCGUCACCUUCUUGACGUUGUUCGCAUUCUCCUGUUAGAGUCAUCUAUGCCCUCUCGUUUUUUAUGUGAAGCUCUCUCCACUGCUGUCCAUCUCAUCAACAGGUUGCCUUCUCCCACAUUGAACCACAAUUCUCCUUUCACCAGUGUAUCAACGACGCUCUUCUGCCACUUCCCACCAGCCUCCGCACCUCCCCAGCCCCCUCCAGCUCCUUCCCCGACUGCUGCUCCUGUUCUAGCAACUGCACCUCCCCCUCUCAGACAAAGUACUUGGGUUCGUAGACCACCGGAUAGGUUUGGUUCCUCUCCUUUUUCAUCCUUCACAGCCACCUUUUCUUCUAUUUCUCUUUCUUCGUCUUAUACACAGGCUAUGAAGCAUCAGUGUUGGCGGAAAGCUGUUGAAACCGAGCUUCUCGCACUUGAGGAAAACCAAACCUGGGACGUUGUUCCAUGUCCCUCCUCCGUGAAACCCCGUGGCAAUAAGUUCGUGUUUCCUGUCAAGCUUCGUUCUGAUGGGUCCAUAGACCGUUAUAAGGCUGGGUUAGUGGCACUUGGCAACAAACAAGAAUAUGGUCUCGACUAUGAUGAGACCUUCGCACCAGUCGCCAAAAUGACCACUGUCCGCACCAUACUCACCCUUGCUGCAUCCCAAUCUUGGCCCUUACAUCAAAUGGAUGUCAAGAACACAUUCCUCCAUGGUGAUCUCAAGGAAGAAGUUUACUUGAAACUUCCCUCUAGUAUGCCUACUUCCUCACCUAACGAUGUUUGCAAACUGAAAUGUUCUUUGUAUGGUCUGAAGCAAGCCCCGCGAGUAUGGUUUGAAAAAGGUCCAUCAUCAACCUUGCAUCAGCACAAGUACAGUCAAGAUCUGGUUCAGUUAGCCGGCCUCACCAACACUACUUCAGUUGACACCCCUAUGGAACUUAAUGUGAAAUAUCGACGUGACGACGGGGAGCUUCUUGAGGAUCCUACUACCUAUCGGAAGCUGGUUGGUAGUCUUAUCUAUCUAACCAUCACCCGACCAGACAUCUCUUAUGCUGUUCACACUGUCAGCAAGUUCAUGCACACCCCGAGGCAUCACCAUCUCUCUGCCGUCCGCUGCAUCAUUCACUACAUUCUUGGCACACCUAGUCGUGGCUUAUUCUUCCUUACAAGUUAUUCCCUUCAGCUCCAAGCCUAUAGUGACACUGAUUGGGCCGGUUGCCCAGACACUAGGAGAUCUACUACUGGCUGGUAUAUGUUUCUUGGUGAUGCCCUUAUCUCUUGGAAAUGCAAGAAGCAAGACCAUGUCUCCAAAUCAUCCACUGAGGCAGAGUAUCGAGUCAUGUUUGCUGCGUGCUCCGAGAUCAUUUGGCUACGUGGUCUCCUCACAGAGCUUGGGUUCAAUCCAAUUCAUCCUACUCCACUGCAUGCUGACAACACAAGUGCCAUCCAAAUUGCAGCCAACCCCGUCUAUCAUGAACGUACCAAGCACAUCGAGGUUGACUGUCACUCAAUCCGAGAAACCUAUGAUCAUCAGGUUAUCACCCUUCCACAUGUCUCCACUACUCUGCAAAUCGCCGAUAUCUUCAGCAAAUCCAUGCCACGUCAGCGCCAUCAUUUCCUCGUUGGCAAAUUGAUGCUUGUCGAUUCACCAGCAUCAAUUUGA